AGCUCCGGCCAAUCAAAGCCGCAGCGCUCCCAUACAAGUACUUUGGGGGCUGGAGAAGCAUGACAUCAUGCACAGCUCCAACCCUCUCUGCGAAAACAAAGAGUGAAACAUAUUUAUCUCACUACAGCAAACAACAGUCGACGACUGAAGCGUCUGCACUGUGAUAUUCAGCGGUAACAUCCAUAAAAUACACCGGGGGUCUGGCCCUGGUACCCCAGUGUGUGCAGCGGAGUCUGGGAGGGGCAUCCGUCCGUCCGGCAAUGGCGGAUGGGGGAGGCCGCCGUGUCUGUGGAGUGGGACAGCGGUGAUGGGGGUUUAGCAGAAUAACAUCUCACGUCUGCAUUACUAUUUUCUCUGUUUAGCUUGGUAUUCAGCUCUCGCCAUGGAUCCAGAGAAAACGUUGACAUUCUGCCUCGGGCUGAAGGCUGAGGAGAUGACCAUGUCCCUGCAGGGGCUGGAUGGGACUGAAGCUGCUACGGUGGCUGUUUCUCAGAAGGAGGCUGACAUGCGCACAGUUAAUAAGGUGGUGAAGCAUCAUGGGGGUUCUGGUAACCGGCCUGUUGUCAAUCCCAAGUACUGUCCUGGGGUAAACAAUAAUCCAGGUUACCUGUGUGAAACAGGGCACUGCUGUGGAGAGACAGGCUGCUGUACCUACUAUUACGAACUCUGGUGGUUCUGGCUGCUGUGGACAGUGCUGAUCCUGUUCAGCUGUUUCUGUGCUUACCGCCACCGCCGGGCCAAGAUGAGGAUCCAACAGCAGCAGAGACAGAGGGAGAUCAAUCUGAUUGCCUAUAAUGGAGCCUGCAACUACCCUUCCUCAAUGCUGGACCUCAGUUUUCUGGCUUCCUUCAAGUUGCCCUCCUACGAGGAGGUGGCGGCGCAGCCUAGCACUCCUCCUCCGCCUUACAGCUCCGUCUUUGCCCUGCAGGGAGGUGCCAUGGGGGGUCCUAGCUCCUCUUACCCCCAUCAUCACCACCAUCGUCACCCCUGCCCUCCCUAUCUGGGUCCCGGCCCUGGUCCCAGUGGCCUGACUUCUUCCCAGAGCUCUGACAAUUACACCAGCUGCUCCUGCGAGUCGUGCUCCCUCACCUCCCCCUCCAGCACGUCCUUCUCUGUCCAAGUGACGGACGAGACGUAUGACAGCAGCCACAUCUCCACACCCAGUGAAUCAGGGGGCGACUGUGCUGUCAUGCCAAGGGUUGGGGCCAACUUCACACCAACUUCUUCCUCUCCACCUCCAUCACAAGUUCCACCUGAUGUUAUACCUGCGGUCACUCCAGAUGUCAUACCCGUACAAAGACGGUCCUCUAAUGGCAGUGAAGGAGUCUCCCCUCCAGCUCCACCAUUCUCUCUUCCUUUACACUCUCAUUCUUCACACCCUUCUCGCCUCCCACUUUCUCCCCUCAUCCUGUUAUCUUCCUUCCCUCCUGGUCAAGUCCAUUCUCUCGUCCUCUCAGACCCACUUGGAGCUCUGGCUGUUCAGAAAGAGAAAGAAGAGACCUCGCCUUGUGGUCCAAUCCCCAGGUCCACUCUGUCUCCCCCUAAACAGGCUUUCUUCUCCUCAAAUGUGGCUGUUUUCACACAUUGCAACAACAAAGAGGAACAAAAACGAGAAAAAGAGGAGGAGGAAGAAGAAGAAGAUGACGAGGAGGAUCAUUUCCGGCAUCGUCGGCUAACGGGUGACUCAGGCAUCGAGGUAUGUCGCUGCCACGUGAAGAGAGAGGAGCAAGAGGAAGAGGAACUGCAGAAGGGGCAUGUUGGUAAAGGAGGAAGAGAGGCUGUGAAGGAGGGGGAGAGGGCAGACGUGCUGCAUGACAGCGUGGACUGUUCCCUCCGAGCGAAGGCCGCUGUUCAGUCACCACUCCUGGAUGACUGCGCUGAGCAGCGUGGCCACAUCUCCUCAUCCUCCAGUAUCAUCCAGAAGACAAGCGAGGCCGUCAUCACUGUGGAGUCCUCGUAAGCUGACAGCCAGUGAGAUGUAGUUAAACAAGUGGAUAAAGUGAGAUGGUUAUGCGUGAUAGCAUCCUCAUAGAUCAAGACUAUCUUCCAUCACUGAAGAAAAGUCUUGCGGGUCUUACUGUAAUGGUUUCAAGCGGAGGGACAGGAUAAGUAAUGGAUCCUCUUGUUUUCUCUGUAUUCUAUUUCAAAUGAGAAACUCUGAGAAGUCGACACCUGAAAGUCCUAUUUUGUAGUUAAUUUAUUUGUGGUUUGGGAGAAGGCAUAUCUUUUUCUCUAAAAUGAUGAAAAUGCUAAUGAAUUGCUCUUUCUCUGUCUCCAUUUACCCACAUGCUAACCAAAGCCAUUUUUACCAAUGGCUCGGUGUCAACAUCCCUACAUCCCUCUGCCGUUUUCUUGUCAUCUGUCUUUUCUCUGCAUGACGCAACAUUGCUAAAAUGUUAUUUUAGCUCUUUGAAAUGAAAUCCUUAAUAGUCAGUGGUUUCCAACCUGGGGGUCAGGACCCUCCAAGGGGUCACAAGAUAAAUAAAAGGGGUCAUGUGAUAAUUAACAGUAUAAGAAAGAAGAAAAACAUAGUCCUGUUAUAUGAAAAGUAUAUGCUAAUUUUCUGAUGUUUCUCUAAUCUUUGCUUUUUUAUGUGAAAUUAUGGAUAGUUUUACCUUAAAAGUAAAACAAUCUGCGAAGCGAAAAUCAAUCUUUGGUGGAACUGCUCACAACGGCUUGACAUAUGCAAUGUGUGAUGGGGUCACAACAAAAUAUUCUUUCAUUUUAAGGGGUCACGCAGUAAAAAGGUUGGGAGCCACUGCCUGAUAUAGUAUAUUACUCAAAUCAUCCCAGGCAGCUUAAUCAGCAUCUAUAAAAAUGAACAAGACUGUUUAUCAUUAACUGACUUCUUCUUGAAUUGAAAAGAAUAUAUUUUCUAGGAGUAUAUGAUAUAAAAUCACUGAACAAUUCAUUUUCAAAAGAGCAGCUCUAACAAACUGUCUGGAUCACGUUAUAUGAUCUUAAUUUAUUUUAUUUACUUUCUAACUUUUCUUGAAAAGGAUCACAACUAUUGAACAUAUGGUUCGAGGUCACAGGACUAACCUGUGAUCUUUUUUGUUGUGGGGUGAAGUUUUGCUUUCACCAGCCUACUUUCCUCUGUUUAUCAGACGAAAUAAUGAGAGAAGGCAACUAUUAAGACUGAUUCACGAAGUGUGUGUUUUAUACAUUGUGUCUUAUGUUACUCCCUAAAGGAAAAGGGGUUCAAACAUUGAUUAAAAUGUGUGGGUGGCAAAGCUUUACAAUGGUAUUAUGAUUAUAUGUUGUUGUUUCAGACUGUUACAUGAUUAUACUGUUUAAUUAACUGACUGUUUGACUUUGGAUUUAAUGUGUUUGAACAUGUUCCUGGUUGGUCGUUGCCAUUUUUGCAAGGCAAUGUAAAUCUGAUUCCUUCACGGAAGGACUGUUGAGUUUUUACAAGGCAGAAACUUUAAGCCUAAUCUCAUCACUGAUAAUGAAUGUAAAAGGUUAUGCAUCACAACAAAGAAAAUAUACUUAAAUUGUUCAUGGAGAAUUUUUAUAGCAUGAUGCUUGACUAAAAACCUCUGGGAAAGUGUCCAAAACAGCAUCAAGGCCAUACAAUCUGCCAGGUGUGGGCUUUGAGAAGACACUUUGAAAUGAAGUGCCCAUUGUAAUGUAUGAGUCAAGUAAUGCUUGUGAAAUGUCAAAGGUGUAAAUGUACAAAGUGAGGGUUUAGAGUCACAGUCACAAGAAUAAUGCCUCUUUUAUUAUUGCUGUGGCUAAACUUGUGGUCACUUCUGAUGGUUGGACUGCUUUUCUCUAAAUGUAUCCUGGUUGAUCCGGUUUUUGUAUGUAAAAUAAUUUGUCAGUUGAUGUCCACUUGUACAGUGUCUGUCACUAGAGAACAGCCUCUGCCUCAGUGGGUGGAGUGUGAGGUUGAUACCCUUGAUUGAUGAUCUGUACUUCCUAGGAUUAUGUCAAGUUAGUCGAUUCUGGUCUUAGUGGGAAUAGUACACAUGUAUUCUCUUGUAAGUAAUUGCCAGUACAAAAUGUGCUGAAGCAUAGAACAAGAUGUAGAAAGAGAGAAUGUCUCAAAUCACAUUUUUGUACAGCUUAAUAACACCUUUAUUUGUUAUAGACAAAUCGUGUGUUUGUGUGUACCUUAAUAGAGAAGGAAAGCAGGUUUGUGUUGCAGUUUGGGUUUGUUAUGGAGGUUAUCUUGACAUCCUCUGAUCAUCUCUGUUCAAAGCUCUUUUGCAGUGACUCACAGGUGUGUCACAGAGGUGGCCGAUGCUCUGACGGAGACCUUCAUCCUCUGAACAUAAAAGCCUUUUGGCUACUGUACAUUUUUUGGCUAAAGAAUGGAUAGUUGUUAUUUUGUUAUUAGUUCUAGCUAAUGUAUGUUUUUCAAAGUAUAUGGUGCCUAGAUGAAAAUAGACUUUCGGUUAGGCAUUCUAUAGUUUACUGCUGCUGUGUGAGUGUGUGUGUUUUCUGUAAAUUGUGUAUAGUCGUACAUCAAAUGGGCAAACAUUUUCUAGCAGUGCUUAGCAGUCUCUUUAUAAAAUAUACACAGUACGUAGUACAUGUGAGACUUGCAAAAAUAGUAUUUAGCAAUAGUAUUCACACUUUAUUCCUUACUCUAGUUAAUGCUGGUUGAUAGGAAAUUAACUGUUGUGAAAAAGACAUUUACCUCUUUAUAACUGAUCCGUGAGCUGUGCUGGGCAGAGGCCCUUGAUUGUACAUAACACUGCAUUUGAAAUGCCUUUGGCUUAAGGUUUCUCCCAAGUGCAAACUCAGAUUAUCUAGUUUUACCUUAGUCCCAGUUUGUGCUUCUCAUGUAUCACCAUUAUGUUCGGGUCACAGAGCUAAGCAUCUGUGUUUCUGAAAAAUAAAUACCUGACGAUCUGUGAAAAACAAAAAAAAAACCCUUACCACUGUUCUGAAGGUAUUUUUUUAGAUUCCUCAAAGACUCAAAUAUAAACAAACAAAACAUCCUUCCGUUGCAUGAUGUAUAAGAUUUUUAAGCCAUUUCCCAAGUUGCAACUCUAUUUCUUAUUCCACACAAAGAUGGUAGCUGGAAAUAACGUAUGUCCUUGCUCCAUUUGUACGUUGUGAACCAAAAUGUAAAAGUUUUAUUACCUUAUAUUUUCUAUAUUGGUGUAUAUGGACAUAGUUGUAUUCACUUCAUUCAUUCACAUGUUUUUCUUGUGCCGUACUAAACUAUAUGAAAUAUCAUACAUAGGAAAUAAAUAAUAAUAAUCCUCGAGGAUUCUGAAAGUGUUGUUAAAUGACCUGAUUUCUCAAAGAUCGUCAGGUAUUUAUUUUUAAGAAAAACAGACGUUUAGCUUUGUUACUCGCAUGUAAUGGUAAUAUACAAGAGGCCCAAACAUGGACUAGUUUUACCCCAACUCUGAUUUUACAUUGAAGCCAAACUUAUCUGAGUUCAUUGUAUAUAGAAUUAGUGUGAUUUUCUUUUGCCUUGUCAGCAGCUAGUAUGUACAGACAAAAUGCCCAAACUCUGCCCUCAUUGCCACAGAAGGCCAAGGCCUGAAAUAAGACUGUUACCUCGCUGAGUUUUGACUGCAAAGGACUGUUUACUUCUCCUUAUUAAGAUAGUAUUUACUCUAUAUUUGUACUAACUUUAUUUUGUAAUGCCAAGAAUUGAAGAAUUGGGGGGAAAAAAAACACAGAGCCCACAUUGAUACGGCUGAACUCGUUUGCCAGGAAAAAACAAAACAUCAAACCCUGUUGAUUCAGGAUAACUCGAGACUUUGAAACAAAGUGUUCUCCUUUUACUCCUGCAGCGACUAGACAGCAGGAUUUAUAAAAGUAUCUAUAUGUGAUUGUAUGUGGAAUAGUUCAGAUUAAUAUUACUACAAACUGUGGUGUUCUUUGAGGGUAUCCUUGUGCAAUUCUACCUGCAGCUCUUCAGUGUGUUGUGCGCAUGUGUGAGAGAGUUAUUGUCAGCCGUGUUGUUGUGGUGUUAAAUCACUGUCGCUUAUUAUGAGGCCAAAGUUGAUUGUUGUUGGUAUUUGUUAACAUGAUAUUUGUCAAUAUAAAUAUCCAAAUGUUUUUAUGUCAUCAUGAAUAUCAAGUUGAUUUUGUAUCUUGGUGUAUAGCAUAGAGCAGGCCUAUUCAGCUGGCGGCCCACGGGCCAAAUCUGGCCCAGAAGCAACCUCCGAGUGGCCCAGCAUAUAUAAAUUUGAUAUAUGACAAAAUAAGUAAACUACAUAUAUAGUGUAUGGAAGUAGCUAACGAGUGAGCCGUCUCGCUCUCUGUUGAGAGUUGCACAUGUGCAGUACCGAUUGGGCAGGAUGUUUACGGAUGUAGUGACACUGCCAUUCAUAUCUUUCACAAAUCAAUGUUUUCUCACGUGAGUUCCGACCACGCUUAGUAGCUUUUCAAAACAUCUGCUAUUGACAGUCACAAGUGGGGAAGUGCUCUACUGAAAAUAUGUCUCUGUCAAUCCUGAAAAGUAAAUUUGACAGUGAAAACUGUCAGUUUUACCCUGCCUGGACUGGCAAGUAUUUGUUUAUUUUACUGCCAUCUCCAAACACCUGCUAUUUUUUUAUUAUAUUAAUUUGCAUUUGUUUAAAAUUUGUCAUUACCAAAAACUAAAAUAAAGGUUUUAAAUAGGCUGCUGAAAAUGUCUGGCCCAUCUACAUUUACUAAUUUAAUCUGGCCCAACUGAAUUUGUAAUUGAAUAACCCUGCCAUAGAGGUUUCUGAUACAUACUCUGAUGUAAAAUCCAAACAAUGAGAUGCUCUCACAUUUUUAAAUAUGUGUUUGGCUGCACAGAUCCUGGUGCUUUUUUUCCAGAAGGUGGGGUUGUAUUUAGGUUUCUUCCUUUUGAGGUUUUUUUAUUGAUGCUCAUUGGGAUUGUACCGCAUUGGACGAGGACAUCUGUGCUACUUUAUUCAAUAAAAACUGUGGAUUUUGUGUCAAAAUAAAUGCUAACAAGUGCUACCAAA